GAUUCGGCUGACGGAGCGCGACCACGUAGUAUGGGCGGGGGAUUUCAACAGGCACCACCCCCUCUGGGAUGAAGAGAGGAACUCCCACCUAUUCACACCUGCAGCUCUCGACGAAGCGGAGGUGCUCCUGCACCUACUGGCGGACCAUGGGAUGGUCAUGGCGCUCCCGAAGGACCUCCCAACCCUUUGCUCGCUGAGCACGGGUAACUACACGCGGCCGGACAAUGUCUUCUGCACGGAACACACGGCGCAGUGCGUGGUCUCAUGCGAAGUGCUAACGGACCGAAAGCUUCUACGAACCGAUCACUUCCUGAUCGCGACGUGCAUCGAUUUCCGCCUGGCGCGGGACACGGAGGAACCGCGAAAGAACUUCCGCGACGUGGGCUGGGAAAACUUCAACGACGUACUGGGACCACGCAUACGAGAACGGAUGGGAGCCCCCGGGCCCAUCCUCACCCAUGAUUCCCUUCACUCUUCCGCAACCACACUGACGUCUGUAUUACAGGAAACUAUAGAAGAAUUAGUCCCGAACUUGAAGCUGAGUCCCCACUCGCGAAGAUGGUGGACGAGAGAACUGUCGGAGCUACGAGACGAAUGCAACCAG